CUUCCGGGGAGGUGGCAACUGGCGCGGGAGGCGGACGGGGCUGCGAGCGCCGUUAGAGUCUGGUAACUGUGAGUGUGCCUGUAAGUGCGGUUGCUGAACGUCACACGCGGGAGCUUCUUGGAGCACUUCACUCCCCUGCCACCCUUGCUGCAGUUUCUGUGGAGGAGAAUGGCCAUCUGUCAGGGUACCCACUGAGCAAUGUCUUCAAGCCUGGUUUUGAACCUGCUGCUAUCACUAGGAAUGACUGCAAGGAUCUGAAAUGAUGGCAGAAGAUUUAGAAAAGUUUAUUGAAGAUCAGAAGGCCAAGUUGGCACAAGAUAAGGCAGAGCUUGAAAAUGAUCCACCUUACAUGGAAAUAAGGAAUAAGGAAUCAGAGAAGCUUUCUGAGACUGGCAAAAUGUUCAUCUCCAUGUCUAAAGAAAACAUACCUCCAAACAGUCAACAGAACUGUCCUUUAGGUGACUACGGCUGGAGUUUACCUCUCGGAGAAGAAUAUGAACGAAAGAAGCAUAAACUGAAAGAGGAACUUCGACAAGAUUAUAGGCGGUAUCUCUCUCAGGGUAUUUCGCAGGCAAAAAGAAAGAAAAAUUACCUGACUACAGGUGAAGUAGAUCCUUAUACUCAGGGAUUAUCUCUUCCUAUUGAUGAGCGAAGGUCUGCCAAGGAGAAACUACGUCUUGAAAGAAACAAGGACUACAAUCAGUAUCUCAGGGAUAAAGAAGAAUGGAAUGAAAAGCUAAGGAAAUUAGCAAAGAAAAGCACAGAGCAUCAGAUGGACAGGAAUAAAAAACCUAUUGCAGUUACCAGGCUCCAACCUGAGUUCCAUCCAGAUGUAGAGUCCCGUAAUACAGCUGCAGAACCUCUCAGGAAAGAUGCCUUUACUUCCACAGAAGGUUACGAAGAGCUGCUGAAUAAGCGACGGCUGGAAGAAGACAGGUACCAUAGGCUAGAUGAUGAAAUUGAAUCAAGAAGUCGACUAUUAAAUAAAAGACUUGAUGAAGAUUUGGAUGUUCCUGGUAGAAGACAUCGGGCAUUUGCGAGCCAAUCUCUAAUUCCUAUUAGAAGGUAUCACAGACUUGAUGAGGAUCGUGACUUUGAUCGAAGGUACUACAGAACGGACUAUGAUCCUGAGAUAAGUGAAGAAUUAGAUCCUAGAUUUAGAUGUGAAAGUGCUUAUGAGAGAAAACCUCCCCGGCUUUAUUAUUCUGAAAGGCCCGAUCUGGAUGGAAUAGUAAGAGAUCUACCUGCAGAUUAUGAAGACGAAUUAAAGGAGAGAUCACACGUGCAGCGCAUCUCGCGAACUGGAAAUUUUAGAAAUCAGGCACAGAUUAGUUCUUUAGCUAAUGAACCUGCCAAAUCUGCUCCUGAAAUGACAUAUGCUACUGGCCUCAUUCUUGGUGAUCAAGACCUAGAACUUCUCCAAAGGAAAAAGGAGAAAUACAGGCAAGAAUUAAUUGAACAGAUGGCUGAACAACAGCGAAAUAAGAGGCGUGAGAAGGAACUUGAGCUCUCAGUUGCUGCUUCUGGGGCUAUAGACCCAGAAAAGAAGCCAAAUAGAUUGAAGCAUUUUGGUUUGACAGCAAGAACUUCUGAAGAGAAAUUACCACCUGAAAGGCCCAGGGUUGCUUUCCAAACUCCAGUGUCCAUGCCUUCUGUCUCUCCAGGGAAUGAAGACUUUCACAGAGGGCUAGCCAGCGCUCUUGGUGAAAUGGCAGCUCCCAGGCUCGCCCCUAUGCCGCCACCUCCACCACCAGUUUUGACAGACAACUAUAGAACACCUUAUGAUGAUGCAUAUUACUUCUACGGAGCAAGGAAUCCUUUGGAUCCCAAUCUUGCAUAUUAUGGCACAGGUAUGAUGGGAAUGCAACUCACACCUAACCUGGAUCCUCCUUUAGCCCAAGCCCCAGUAGAGCAAUCUGUAAGUAACGUUGGACAGAGGAGUACAGGAGACAGACAAAGAAGCAUAGGAGUAUUUUCUGAAGAAAAGUCAAAGCCUUCCAAAGAGGCGACGUUGUCUUAUCAGCAAGAAUUGCAGCAGCAGAUAAGGGAGAGAGAGGAAAGACGCAGACAAGAGAAAGAAGAGAAAGAACGUUACGAAGCCAAGUUAGAAGCAGAAAUGAGGAAUUACAACCCCUGGGGAAAAGGUGGUGGUGGAGCUCCUCUCAGAGAUGCAAAAGGAAAUCUGAUAACUGACUUGAAUAUGAUGCACAAGCAAAAUGAAGAUGCGUAUCAUAAUCCGGAGGCGAGAUUAUACGAAGAUAAAAGGGCUAUUGUAUCUGUUGACCUAAGUUUGGCCUCACCAAGACCUGAGAACGCAGGAGCAUCUACAAAUAAAAUAGCAGGUUUUGCAUUUGCACAGACUUCUCCUUUUGCUCGGGGCAAUGUGUUUGGUGAGCUGCCAUCUCCACAACAACUGAAGCGACAAGAGUCAUACAAAAACUUUCUUCGUCUACAGAUUGAUGAAAAGAGACGUAGGGAAGAAGCAGAGCGAGAAAAACUUAGACUGGAAGAAGAAAAAGAAGAGAAACGACUAGCUGAACAGAGGAGGAGAAUUCAGAAAGCAUAUGAAGAUGAACAAGAAGAGAAAAGAAGGAAAGAGGAGGAGCGAAGGUUAAAAAACAGAGAAAUUAUUCGAUUAGAUGAAGAAAGACAAAAAGAGGCAGAAAAAAGAAGGAAAGAAAAAGAAGAAAAGCGAGAUGAACAACUUAGACAGUAUUUUGAGAAGGAAAAAGAUGCCAAGAUAGAAGAGGAAAAGAAAAUGUUCUCGAGGAAACCUUCUCCUGUCAUUCCUGCUCUUCAGAACAAGUCAAUAAGAAAAGAAGAGAGGAUUCCAUCAGCUGAAAGCCAUGUAUCUUACUACUCACAAGAUCCUCCACAACCCAGAGCUCCUUCUCCACCUGUCCCAGCUAGAAGAAAUCAGUUGCGAGCACUUGAAGAAAGAAAGAAUGUGAUAAAUGAAUUAUCAGAGAUGAGGAAACAGCUUCGCAGUGAAGAGAGGCGACUGCAGGAACAGUUGCUAAAUGUGGCUAGUGAUGAUGAUGGACCAGUUACACGUGGGAGGAGAGAGAAGAAUCCAAAGGACAUAUUUGAGAUGGCCAGGCUGCGUCUGCAGGCUCCGGUGAGGCGGCCUUCGUCAAAGGAUGCACAAGAUCCUGUCAACGUGCAGAACAUCUGGGAUUUUAAUGAACUUAAAUACAAAGAUUCUGAAACACGUGUAGGCUUAAGGCAAAUGUAUCCUGAUCCUCCAAAAGAUGACCAGACUCUAGAAAUUCAACAGCAGGCUCUGUUGAGAGAGCAGCAGAAGAAACUUGACAGAAUGAGAAUGAGGAGAGAAGCAGAAGAUGAUUCUCCUUCUGGCUACAACCCACAAACCAUGGGACUGUUCAGGAAUGACUCCCACGAAUCCUUGAAAAAUUUGCUGUUGGAAUCCGACAGUGCUUUUAUUGGUGCUAAUGGAGAAACUUUUUCUGCCUUAGAAGAAAUUGACCUAUCAUCACAGCUUCCACUUUCUGCAAGGGAGAGGAGACGAAUAAAGAAGAAAGCACUGGAGUGCACUGAAGAUGUCCCACCAGCCCAGACACCGAUGCUGCAGCCUGACAGUGUGUCUUUGCACUCCGACUUCAGCCUGGAUGUUGAUCAGAUGAAAGGCAAAAACGAAGAACGAGUGCGCAGGCUGACCGAGCUCCAGCAGAGAUCUGCUCACUUAGGUGAGGAUGUUGCCCUAGGAGAAGCAGAUGACUUGCUGAAGCCUCCUCCAUCCAAGGACAGCCGCCCGCCCAGUUCUGUUGACUCCAUUGCCACAGAGCCCUGGCUGCGGCCGGGAACGGCAGCAACGCUCCACAGGUUCCUGACGGAGCAGCAGAGCCCAGCAAAGCUGUCUUCUGAGGGCACGCUGCCGCUGGGCUGGCAGGGCCUCUCCACUGCACACGGCUGAGCACAGCCUGAAUGGAACCCACAUGUGCCUUGCAGCAAGGGAAGGGAGCGUCCUGUUUGGCACUACUGCACUUUUAGAGUCUCUCAUAGGGAUAGCUGUACUGGAUGUGAAUAGCGUGGAGCUCUGUGUGCAAUUACAAGUAGCAAUAAUGAAGAAAUGGAAGCUGCAGUGCAGUGGGGAUUCUGUACUACAGGGUGGUGGAAGUGGGGCAGUGAAGUAUUUUGGCAUUUUUUGCACUUUUUAUACAAGUUAGUUUCAGCCUUGGAGGCGAAUUUGCAAGGAACAGCGUGUGUGGGAAUUUGAUAUUAAAUCAGAGUUACAUUUUACCUUUGCUCAUAGCAAAACUCCAGGACUGUUUGCAAACAGAGGCACAACAGCAGAGAUGCAGUUUGAGCUUUUCCCAAAAGGAUGAACAGCCUGGAGGAGGCCACUUCCCAGUGCUGAAUGGGGGCUGUGGUGCUGAGGAGGUGAGCAGUUACAUGGAAGAAGGUCUGUUAGCAGUAUAUCUUACCUUCCUAACUUGGUUUGUGUUGGAGUAUAUAUUUAUGUUUCUGAUUCAGGUGAUAAUAAAUUAUUUUGUUACUAAAAAUCUGAAAGCAGGCUGAAGUAGCAUUAGUGCUGCAGUUGCUGUCACUUCCCUUCUCAUGAAGGAAGCGGAGUGCCAAGGCCCUCUUCAAAGCAGGAACAACCCAUGGAGCGAGAGCUGAGCAGAAGCUCUGCUCUUCAGCAGUGUCCACAGCUUUUAGCACAACCCCAUUCCCUCUCGCUUACGGUUACCCCCCUUGGCCCCCACCAUGCUGUUUGCAUUUGAAUGCUGUUGGUUCUUCAAAAAGGAUUCUCCAAAUCUUUCCUAAGAGCUCAGUAGGCAGUGCUCUUUUUGCUACACCCCAGAAAGUCAUAAUGUUUUAUGAGUGCAAACUACACAGAGGUCAGGCCCUUUAAUUCCUGUCAGUGGCUUUUCCCCAGCUCCUGCACUCAGCUGCUUCCAGCUCUGCCUUCCAGCACCCUGCUGCUGCCUGCUCUGUUCCUCUCCCUCAGUUCCAAGUCAUGGAUCCGUGGCAAAGGAAGGUAUAAAACAAGUGCUGUUGCUUAGGCUGGUUUUGAUUGCACUGAUGAAAGAGUUCAAAAACUUUAUUGACCUAUAACCCGAUUAGAGUAUGCCAGAUGAGAACCAAAUAUUGUACAGAAAGUUGUACAGAAUUUUUUUUACAUAGAAAACUUUACAUAUCUGUACCAUAUACAUUUUGUCCAUCUGAAAAAAAUUUCUACAUCCAUUGUAAUACA